UCUGUGACUUGAUACUUGACAAUCCAUAUACUGAGUCCCACAAAUUAAAAUCUAUUUCUCCCCUUCUGUUUUUACCACAUAUCCUUAAUUCUCUCUUUCUUUCUUGCUAAAUUCAUGGUUGUAAGCCAUUGAUUUGAUCUCCAUGGUGUUAUCCAAGGACACAUGAUUAUUACAUACACGAAUAAAGAAUAUGUCUCUUUAGCACGCCACUCCCACUUCAUCUUCUUUACGUAAUUUUUCCAUUCUGAAACUUUUCAUUAGUGAAGCAAUGGAGCUAGCUGCAGUUCGAAAACAUAAACAUGUCGUCAAGAUUUGCCAACUAAGUUGUCUUCUCUUUACUUCUACCGUUUAGUACUUUCUUUUUUUGGUCUUCAAUUGAUCAUAAACACCGCCUUUUCGCCGCUUAUUUGGUAUUUCUUUUCAAGAUCGUGGCAAUGUUAAAACUAAAUUAUGGAUGGAGUUUGGGAAUGGGGAAAAAAUCUGAUUUUUUUAUUAGGGGAGGAGACAAUUUUUUGACAACUCAUGAGGGGAAGAGAACAAAUGAAAUACAGAGGAGUCGUUUGAGCUGCUGCAGUAGCAUUGACUGUGGCCGAGUUAUUACUGCGACUGAAAAUUAUUUUAGUUAUAAUUUGCCAAUGGCAGCUGCUACAGUUGAAGAAGAUGAGAGAGAGGAAUUUGUGAAAAUGAUGAGAGAAAUUCAGCCAUAUUUUCUAGCACACAGGGGUAGCACAUUUGUCCUUGUUCUAUCUGCUGAGAUCAUUCAUAGUCCUUAUUUGUCUUCUAUACUCCAGGAUAUUUCUCUACUUCAUGGCUUGGGAAUCAAGUUUGUUCUUGUACCUGGAACUCAUGUCCAGAUUGAUAGCUUUCUGGCUGAAAGGGGAAGUGAGCCCAAGUAUGUAGGCCGCUACAGAGUUACAGAUCCUGAUUCACUGAUGGCUGCAAUGGAUGCAGCUGGGAGAAUUCGUCUGAUGAUAGAGGCAAAAUUGUCUCCUGGGCCGUCAUUGACUGGUGUCCGCCGGCAUGGAGAAAAUAGUCGCUGGCAUGAUGGUGUUAGUGUUGCCAGUGGUAAUUUUCUAGCAGCAAAGAGGAGAGGAGUUGUAGAAGGAAUCGACUAUGCAGCAACGGGUGAAGUAAAGAAGAUAGAUGUUUCUCGAAUUCGUGAGAGGCUUGAUCAAGAUAGCAUCGUGCUAUUGAGCAAUCUUGGUUAUUCCAGCUCUGGAGAAGUUUUGAACUGCAACACAUAUGAAGUUGCUACAGCUUGUGCAUUGGCUCUAGGAGCAGAAAAACUGAUUUGUAUUAUAGAUGGUCCAAUUCUGGAUGAGUCUGGCCGUCUUAUUCGUUUCUUAACUCUUCAAGAUGCUGACAUGCUGGUUCGCAAACGAGCAGAGCAGAGUGAGACAGCAGCUAAUUAUGUAAAAGCUGUCAGUCAAGAGGACUUCAAUUGUUUAGGUCACAAUGGUUCCAAUGGAUCAAUCUCGUACAAUAUGAAUGGUUUUAGCCAACAAUACAGUGUCACAUUUCAGAACGGUGUUGGUUUUGACAAUGGGAAUGGGCUUUGGUCUAGUGAACAGGGUUUUGCCAUUGGAGGACAAGAGAGGCUAAGCCGAUUAAAUGGUUAUCUUUCAGAGUUAGCUGCAGCUGCUUUUGUGUGCAGGGGAGGUGUUCAAAGAGUUCACCUGCUGGAUGGUACUAUUGGUGGAGUUUUACUAAAGGAAUUGUUCCAAAGAGAUGGAGUUGGGACAAUGGUAGCUAGUGAUCUUUAUGAAGGAACACGAAUGGCUAGGCUGUCAGAUAUUCCCGGGAUCAAACAAUUAUUACAACCUCUAGAAGACGCGGGAACAUUGAUCAGAAGGAGUGAGGAAGAGCUGGUGGAUUCAUUGCACUCAUUCAUUGUUGUGGAGAGAGAAGGCCAUGUUAUAGCUUGUGCUGCUCUCUUUCCUCACUUUGAGGAAAAAUGUGGAGAGGUUGCUGCUAUUGCCGUUUCUCCUGAUUGUCGUGGCCAAGGACAGGGAGACAAAUUACUUGAUUACAUUGAGAAGAAGGCAUCUGCCAUUGGAUUGCAAAUGUUAUUCCUCCUUACAACUCGCACAGCUGAUUGGUUUGUGAGGCGUGGCUUUUCUGAAUGUUCCAUCGACCAUAUACCAGCACAAAGAAGGAAAAAGAUCAAUCUUUCUCGUAGGUCAAAGUAUUACAUGAAGAAGCUGCUACCUGAUAGGAGUGGUAUACGAUUUGAUAGCCCUUUUUCAUAAGAACACAAGGGGUUUCUGAUUGUAUAUGUAGUGCCUCUGUAAUAAGCUGGAUUUAAUGGACAAUCCUUGUUAUUCUGUGACAGUUUAAGUGUAAGAAUCAUAGCAAAGAAGUGUAAAAUAGUGCCUGUAAAAUUAUUAUAAAGAUAAAAUUUUACUUUCCCAGGUAUGUAACAUUAUCUGCCUUAUAAGGCAUGCUUGUCUCUAUUUGAUUUAAGUCUAAAUCUGCAUGGAGAUAUUAAUUUU